AUGAGUUCCCCUUCUACAGAAGAGAAAAUUAGACAAGCUGAAGUUAUCAAUGAUGAAGGUAUCGGAAAGGAAGCAAGUGAUGUUCCUCCACAGACGAUAGCAGGUGAAAACAACAACAACAACAACAACAACAACAACAACAACAACAACAACAGCGUAAACAGUGAUAUCAAUAACACUGCCGCCAGCGAGAAUCAAGACCUGUUUAGGACAGAUGUGGGAGUUCCUUCAGGAAACGUGGAUGAAAAACAACUAGAGGAAAUGGAUCAAUUACGUGAGGCCAACAAUGAACUUCCUCCCGAUUCUGAAAUAGAUUCUUUAUCACAUUUGAACUCAGACAAGUUAAACGAAACGGGGAAUCUAGAUAAGGAACUAGCUAGUCUAGUUCAACCUGGAGAAGAAAAGGAAAACACCUCCAACAAUUUUGAAAACAAUGUUGACUCAUAUACAGUAAAUGGACAAGAAGGAAAUGAGGUAAAUUUUGAUAAUGCCUCGAAGGCUGACAUGAAAAUAAAUCAAGAUUAUGCAACGAACGAGAACCGCAAGGCCGAUGAAGUUGUGGAGGACAUCUUACCAUCGAUACCCAAUGAUCAGGUUCCCGAAGAUAUAGAAUUUAGCGACCUGCAUCUCGCUGCAGAGACCAAAAAGAUUGAUGAUCCUGAUCUUAAAGAGGAGCCUGUUGUUGGUACUAAGACCAAUGCAGAUGCAGAUGCAGACACAAACGAAGUCACGCCAACUGAACCAGUAGGGGAACUUGUCAAUAGUGGAGCUCAGAACCAACAGGAACAAAACGAGGAGCAAAUCAAUAACAAUGCUGAUAUGGAAACAGACACCAAAUUGGAUGAAGUAAAAGAUGCAGACAGCAAAUUGGGAUUGGGAACUAAUGAUAUUGGGUCGCAACUGGCUAUCGACAAUGACAAAGUAGGGAAUGAAACUGGCACGAAGAUAGACACAUCUCAGCAAUUGGAACAACCUGAACAAGCUAAGCAACUUGAACAAGCUAAGCAACUUGAACAAGCUAAGCAACCUGAACAAGCUAAGCAAUUGGAACAACCUGAACAACCUGAACAACCUGAACAACCUGAACAACCUGAACAACCUGAACAACCUGAACAACCUGAACUCUCUAAACAACCUGAACAAACGCAACAACCUCAAUUGUCCUAUACAGGAGCUGAAGGAAUGCAAGAAUAUGAAAAGGAGGAAUUAAGCCAAGAGGCUGGCGAGAAUAAAGUUUUGAAAGAGAUUCAAGCUGAUGAUCCAUCUUUUGAUGCUGAUUAUAACAUGGAUGGUGCCAAUGAUGAUGGUGACGAUGAUGAUGAUGAUAAUAAUCGCAAAUCAGAUUUUAGUAUAGAAAAUUCUUUUCUUCCAAGUGAUUCAGAACCGAGGGAUGAAGAUACAGAGAUGAUGAAUGUGGAAGACCAAGUGAAAAAUGAAGUUCCAACUGCAGAUUCAUUCACAAACGACAUCUCUAACGCGAACCCAAACACAGACCUAAAUGCAAACCAGCAUAUAGACACCGAUACGAACUCGGAGUUCGUGCUGGUAGAAUCUCAAACACAAUCACAGCCACAACAAAAUGACGUGCCAUCCUUUGCUAAAGAAACUAAUAAUUCCACUUCUAAUAAUGAGGUGAAAAAAGAACCAUUUUCUUCUAAUACUCCUACAGCCACUGCUAACAAUAACAACAACAAUGACAAGAUCAAUAUAAACACCAACAACAACACCAACACCAACAUAGGCUCUCCAUCGGCUGGAAGUGCUGAGACAAAGAAUGGCUCGGGUAAUGUUGCUAGUGAAUCAUCAGAAUCUUCUCGCACGCAUGGACUGGAUGCGAAUGAAUCGGAAGAUAUUGUUGACGAUGACACUGAGGAACAGUCAACAAAGGUGGCACCAAAAUAUAAGCAAACCCACCUUAUAGUGGUUCCAUCAUACUCUGGCUGGUUUAAUAUGACAAAAAUUCACAAAAUCGAGAAAGAGUCAUUACCCGAGUUUUUUGAUACAAUGCACCCUUCAAAGUCCCCUAAAUUAUAUGUCAAUUAUAGGAACUUUAUGAUAAACUCGUACAGGCUCAACCCCAAUGAGUUCCUCACAUUGACAUCUUGUCGACGUAAUUUAGUUGGUGAUGUGGGCACACUUAUGCGUGUGCACAGAUUCCUCAACAAAUGGGGUUUAAUCAACUACCAAGUACGGCCGCAAUUCAAGCCGGGUUAUGCUGCUGAGAAGCAACCAAAUGGACAACUGAUUGAAUUACCGUACACAGGAGACUAUCACGUGAGGUUAGAUACACCACGUGGAUUGUUUCCUUUUGACACAUCACGAGUUCCCCCCGAACGCAUCGACAUUAAUAAAUUGAAAAAUAUUUUGCUGCUUGAGAGUGAAAGUGGUGAUAAGAAUAAAAGUGAAACCAAGAAUAGCGAUGUACAAGCUGCUGGGAGUCUCAUUGAGAAUGAGAAGGAUAAGGAAAAUGACAAGAAAAAUGUCCAAGGCAGAGACAACCACAGUAUCAAAAUUAAUACAGACAUCCAUGAUAGGGAAAAGCGUCGUGCAUCAGAACAAGGUGUUGAUGGCCAAUCACAUCAGAUAAAGAAACAAAAGACCAAGGAAAGAGCGUUAUCCGAUGAUUGGACUUCUGAUGAAGUUUCCAAACUUACAAAUGCCGUCAAAGAAUACAAGGAUGAUUGGUAUCAAAUUGCCAAUGCAGUUGGUACAAACAAGACUCCACAACAAUGUGUUCUUAAAUUUCUCAAGAUGCCAUUGGAGGAUCGGUUCAAUGAUCUCGAGUGCAACCCAAAGACCAUACAAGAGUUGUUGAAGUUUGCUUCUAAUUACCCAAUAAACUCUGUGGACAACCCAGUAUUGGCCAACUUGGUUUUUAUGACUCGAAUUGUAGAUAGCGAAGUGGCCAAAGCUGCAAGCGAGGCUGCAUGUAAAGCAAUGGAUGAAUGUAUCAAUAGGAAAAUCAAGGCCGUUUAUGGAUCUGAUGAUAAAAAUAAAGCUGAUGAACAAAGGAGAGAACUGAACACUGGAUCCGAUGUUAAGGUCGAAUCAGUUUGUUCCUCCGAAGUCAAUGGAGAGAAAGAAGAUAAAGAUUCCGAUGAAACAAACACACAGACAAAGGAGACCAAAGGACAGGAAAGUAACAAGCCCGAAGUAAAUGACGCGAGAAAUACUGACGAAAAAGAUGCCAUUGCUACAACUUUUGGUAUUGUUGGUGGUAGAAGUCAUUUAUUCUCGAGCUACGAAGAGCGCGAAAUGCAUAAGAUCAGUACAAACAUAAUUAACCAUGAGUUGGCCAAGGUUGAGACAAAAUUGUCCAAGAUUGAAGAAUUGGAGAAGAUAUACGAGCGUGAACGUCAAAACUUGUCCAAACAACAGGAGUUGAAUUUUAUGGAUCGUUUGGCAUUAACCAAAUCCACCAUUGGUAUAAUAAAGAAACUCGAGGAUGCAUGCGACAUGCUUGAAAGUGGUGAUAAGAAACCUGAAGAUAUUAAGUCAUUGAUUUCAGAUGCAAAGGAAUUACUUUAUAAGCCUACAAAGCAACUGUUUGAAGAUGUGCGAUCAGGACUUUCUCAAGGAGGUACCUCCGGUUCGAAUAGCAAUAAUAAGAAUAGUAAUGGUAAUGGCAAUAUGCAAGAUGAUGACUUUAAGCCCUUAUCUAUGACUGCGCCACAAGCAUUUAAGGUUUGGGUUCCUUGA